AUGUACGUGGGCUAUGUGCUGGACAAGGAUUCUCCCGUGUACCCCGGCCCCGCCAGGCCCGCGAGUCUCGGCCUGGGCCCGCAAGCCUACGGCCCCCCGCCGCCACCCCCCGCGCCCCCGCAGUACCCCGACUUCACCGGCUAUUCUCAUGUGGAGCCAGUCCCCGCUCCCCCUACAGCCUGGAGCGCACCCUUCCCUGCGCCCAAAGACGACUGGGCCGCCGCCUAUGGCCCAGGCCCCGCGGCCCCCGCCGCCAGCCCAGCCCCGCUGGCAUUCGGGCCCCCUCCGGACUUUAGCCCGGUGCCCGCGCCCCCUGGACCCGGCCCGGGCCUCCUGGCGCAGCCCGUCGGCGGCCCAGGCGCACCGUCCUCGCCCGAAGCGCAAAGGCGGACGCCGUAUGAGUGGAUGCGGCGCAGCGUGGCGGCCGGCGGCGGCAGUGGCAGCGGUAAGACCCGGACCAAGGACAAGUACCGCGUGGUCUACACUGACCAUCAGCGCCUGGAGCUGGAGAAGGAGUUCCAUUACAGCCGUUACAUCACCAUCCGGCGGAAAUCAGAGCUGGCCGCCAAUCUGGGGCUCACUGAACGGCAGGUGAAGAUCUGGUUCCAAAACCGGCGGGCAAAGGAGCGCAAAGUGAACAAGAAGAAGCAGCAGCAGCAGCAGCAGCCCCCACAGCCACCACCGCCAGCCCACGAGGUCACCCCCACCCCAGCAGGGCCACCCCUGGGGGGCCUGUGCCCCAGUUCUGCCAGCCUCCUGGGCACCUCCUCCCCUUUGCCUGUCAAGGAGGAGUAUCUGCCGUAGCCCCGUGCCCAGCCCGCUGGGAGUCCGGGAGGCCCAGUCUGGUCCCAGCCCUGCCACUGACCUUCUGGAUGACCUUGGACAAGCCACCCAGCCACUCACUGCAUCCUCUUGGCCCAUCUGUGCAGUGAGCCUGUUGGAUAAGGAGCUCUUGGGGUGGGGGGCAGAUAAGGGAACCCAGAGGGAGCUUUCUCAAUCCCCAGAGGGCUGGGUGAGGGGCCAAAACAAGGCCCUGGCCCCAUUUUCUGCUCCAUAGGUUCAAGGGAUGGGGUGGGAGGCCAUUCCAGGGACCAGACACCCUGGAGAAAGGGGAAGGAGCUGAGAGAAAAUGGAAGGCUUGCAGACCAUCACCCGAGCUGGGAGGAGAGUGAUCAGCUCGUUCCUGCCUCUUCCUGCAGCCCACUUCCACGCGCCCCAUCCUAACGUGCCCUGCACCCACUCUAGGCCAGAUGCUGAGCACAGAGCCCACAGGAUUGGGCCUGAGGAAGAGGCUCUGUGCGCCACCCUCUCUGGGUCACAGAACCAUUGUCAGUGGGUCCCCCAGAUAGGGAGGGAGGGAGGGUCCUGGAGGGGCAGAAGGGGGCAGAACCAACCCUGCCAGGUUUCUGU